AUGCUAACUUCUGAGAAGCCUGCGCGUUGUCAGGCGCUAGUUUUCUACUCGACCUUCCUCCGCACCAAACUCGAAUUCUCCAUCCGUCCCAGCGACUCUAUGCUCCGCAAAAACACCGCGUCUGCAACCCCGAACCCAGGAGAAUUCCAGCACGUCGAUACCCUCACUCUUUCAGAAGCCGCACUCGUCCUCAAUGCGCUGGUCAAGGGUCUCCCUCCCGCCACAGCCUCGAACACGGACCUCGUGCCCAGCUGCGGCCCCUUCUGGGUCAAGUUUCUGGCAGACAAGCAGCUCGGCGUCCGCCAGAUCCGCCACGACAGCGUCGAGAACGUCGCCAAGAUUGAGUGCUUCCUCGAGGACGAUCUGCUCGCCAAAACUAUCCACCACGAGCUCGUGGCACGGCACGUGCUUCUCUCUCGUGAUGUAUUGGCAAACGCAGUUGCUCGCUUAGUAGGCACCUCCUAG